AUGGUCUACCUCGAGAAGGUCAACCGCACCAUCCGCGCCAUGAAAGAUGCCGUGCAGGAACACCGUCAGCAAAAGCAGGCAGAGCAGAAGCAGACAGAAGAGAAGCAACAAGAAGAGCCUGUUGAAGAUGAAGCGGACGACUGCUUGGAGGUCGUUGAGACGGAAUGCAAGACGUUCGCUGAGUUCGGCCUUGAGUCGCGUAUUCUCGAGGCUAGCAACGUUGAGUGGGCCUUCAGCGCUAUGUAUUAA